UCAAGUAAACAUCACUGACAAAUUUGUGAAGAUAUUUUUAAUAACUGUUAAUUCGUUGAAACACAGAUAAUCAGCAGUCGGAGGCUUUGAAAUCAGCUCGUCAAAAAUUCCAAUCAGCUCAGAGUUAUUAAAAGGGAAGCUGGAGGGAUAUUACUGAAAAGUCGCUGAGUCGAUUAAUGACAGAUACCCCAGCGUUGCGUGUGGCGCCCUCCCUCAUAUGGGGUUGGCUACUACGAUGGUGCUGCGGUCACUCAAACCCCCAGAACUGAGCCUCUACUUUGGUCAAUCCUCUUUGGUUCCCGAUAUCAAGGGGGAGUUGUAAAAGUACGAACCAACCCCCCGCCUCCCUCGAAACCCCCACAACGAUGCGUCGCUUUGUGUCGAUCCAGGGCUUCUCUUGCGCAUCCUACGCGUUUUCCUCAACGGAAAAUGGCUACCAGCUGUCACUCACCCGUACAUUUCAUCUCCUAAAGAACAUCUCAACCUCCAAUAAUAACCAGACAAUCGAACUAUUUACCCAAUUACCGUGACGUGAUGCUGUGGUACGAAUGAAAAUAGUGAGUGCACACCCAGCGACAUCCAAAAACUCCAAUACCAGUAAUUUAUAUUCUGUGGUGCCAUGAAAUUCCAUUUGGGUAUCACUGUUUACAGUCCGUGGGCUCUGUGAACGAUAGUGAAUCCACUAAUCAUUAUUGAAUUCCGCAAUCACGUGGGAAAAUAUCCUCGAUAUUCCGGUAAUUGUCGGCUUUUGAAAAUUUCCGGUAAUUAAGGAAGAUAAUUCAACAGCUGGGCCUGAUUGACUCCUGUGAUCUCAGAAAAGGAUAAUAGGAUAAUCAUCAUGGGCUCCAGUCAGCAAUUCUCACUCAGGUGGAAUAAUUACUUGAAGCACAUUACAUGUGCUUUUGAUACACUACGCAGUGAUGAAGAUCUCGUUGAUGUCACACUCAGCUGCGAGGGGAAACGCAUUAGGGCGCACAAAAUGCUGCUCUCGGCGUGCAGCACGUAUUUUCGGGAUUUAUUUAAAGAAAAUCCAUGUCAGCACCCAGUGAUAAUUUUUAGAAAUGUCAAAUUCGAUGACUUGGCUGCAUUAGUAGACUUUAUGUACCAGGGGGAGGUUAACGUUGUUCAAGAACAGCUUGCCAGUUUUUUGACGACCGCUGAGUUGUUGGCUGUUCAGGGAUUGACUGAUGGCACAGGAAAGGACUCUGAAAGUAUUGCUGAGGAGGACGUUGAAAUUCCCAACGAGCCCGAAGUUCAGCUGCAAAACGUUUCUGGAAAGCCCAUGGUCAACAACAAAGGCAAUAAAUCACCCUCGUCACCCCUUCCAUAUCACGCAGUAGAUGUGAAUCCUGACACGCCACCCACCAAACGACGAAAAUUCCGGGAUACAACAUCAAAUGCUGACAAAUCAUCAGCAAGCAGUUCAAGUGCCACUAAAGAUAUUGACGACAAAGCAACCGAGCAGGCAGUUACCUCGGGAGGCGAUCCCAUCGAGAUAAUUCCUCUGAUGCCAAAUUUAAAAUUGGAAAUGCCCGAGUAUCUGGAGCAGGAUGGGAGCAGUUGCAGUUACGAGGAGCAGAGCACAGGGGAUGGCUCGAACAAAUUAGACGACACACUCUCGAAUGCUGAUGAUGAUCGUAAGCCUGAUAUUAGCCAGACGUUUUACACUAAUCAAUCAGGCUCUGAUGCAUCAGAUCCAAAGUCAUCGACUGAUUUGGGUCAUUUACUGUCCAAGCCUAGUACGUCAGGGGAAAGGUUAUCUCAGGAUUCAGCGCAGGGGGGGGUGGGACGAAAACGGAAGCAUGUUGGCGAUACAACUGGUCAAGUGGUGAUGCAGGGUCCAGGGCGUUUUUCUUGCAGUCUCUGCGGAAGUGUUUACAAGCACCUCGCAUCGCUGACCCAGCACCUAGAAGUGCAUCGGAACCAGACAACCUGCAUCCUCUGUCACACCACUCUCAGUCGUAGAACCGACCUGCGUCGUCAUAUGAGAUUAAAACAUAAUAUGCAAUGGCAAAAGACGAUCCAGAGACAUCGGAGUCCAAAAAAAGGAGUGAAUUCAUAAAUUCAACGAUUAUUUGUGUUCCUGAGAGCCAUAGCAUGAUGAUUAUCCAUUUAUACGAUUGAGAGGUCUUGGGAGUAAAAAAAAGCUACUGGAAAAAGUUAUAGAAAUUUCUCAAAGAUGGCUUGAAGAAUUUGUUCAUUUUAUAGGAGCUGGAUUUGAAGAGGAUAAACAUUUUCUAUAGAUUUCAAAAAUACGAGGUGGUGGACAGACGUGGGCGCCGUCAUCUUGCUCCGAUAUCCCCUCCCUCUGUCGCGAAGGGAUUUCAAAAUGGCGACGACCCACCUCGUAUUGUCAAAUGAUUAUUAAAAUUAUUUAUCCUUCUCAGAUCACCCUCAAGUUGUUCAAUGUUGUUCCUGUGGACUGAACAAUUUUCAAAGUCAUUUUGCACAUAUCGCAUUGGUUUUGGCUGAAAUUUCAUGUAAACUUUUCUUUACGCCUUGCUAGUUAUCUUUUUAUUCCGAGGCCUCUUAUGGCUGGUUCUAUAAUCUUUCGAACUUUAACUACUUUGUUUUCUCAUUUUUCUAGACUAGGAAAUUUUGCAAAUUGUCAUUUGAUAUCACAUCGCGCAAGUGUCCUCACAAGUCAUAGGUUAAAAAGACUUUGAAAAUGGGAAUUUUCGAAAAAUCGAAUUAAUGUUCGAAAGAUCGUAUAACCGGCUCUUAGCAGAGUUACAUUAUUUCAUCCGGAAUACACACACUGAAAUAUUUUCAUUGGAUGUACAUUAAUUUUAUCAUUUCAUGGACAUUACUUCGCGCUUGGAGUCAGGUACAUUUUAAAUGAAAUUCUGUCCCUACUGAAAACAUUUUACACUGAGAUGAAAGAAAAGCAUUCUCCAAAGAAGUCCCUUUCAAAACUACAAAAUCGCCCAUUAAUAAUUGAAAAACUGGAAAUUAUUUCAUUUGAUCGUAAAAUUAGUUAAUAUAGUUUUUUUCUUCAUCAGGCUCAACCGAGAUUUUAUGCAUAACAAAAAUUCUUAGAAAAAUGUCAAUAUGUUUCUAUUUUACUAUACAAAAUUGACGAGACGUUCCAUAAUUUUUGUCGAAUUACCGCAAAGAAGAGAAUCUUUUCAUAGAAUUUUGUGUAUUAUUUUGCUGUUGAAUUAAUUUACACGUGUUGUAUGGAAAUAUUUUUUUUGUUCCCAGUGUAUCAGUAAAACCUCUAUUCUCACAUUUAAUUAAUUGGAUACACUUCAAAACGUGUAACACUAAGCUGACCGUAAAAGUUGUACAUCUGUUGCAAAUGGUUUAUAGAUUAAACGCGAGUAGGGACCUUCAUUUAAUUCGCUUCGAAGGCCUUUCGGCUGUGUGCUAAGUGAAAACACAAGCUUUCGUACAUAUGAAUUUCAUAUUGUUGUAUGUAAGAUGAUUUAUAUAAAUAUAAAUCAGUCAUUGAAUACUCUAGUCGUCUUUCCACAGUAUUUUAAUCCAUUCAUUAUCAAAAUCCAUAUGUGUAUGGAGAAAGCACAUGUAAUAUUUAUUUGGACAGCCCAUAAACUUAAUAAUAUUGCGAAUACAUUUGUCAAUCAUGUACGAAGCUAAUUUAAUUUUCUUCAUCAAUGUACAUUCAUUCGAUUAUCCGUCCAUCAGGUAAUUGUUCUAUUUUCAUUCUGAAUUCUAUAGAGAAGGGAUAAAAAUACAUCCAUUUCAAGUUCAAUGUCUUUUUAAAAAUCUUCAAAGAUCAAUCUUUCGAUAAAUAUCAUUUUUUUAAAUGAACAACAAAAAUGAAUUUUGCAAAAUUCUAGUAGCGAACCGAUGAAACAGGUCCGAUCAGUUUUCGAAGGCUUUCAAUGCACAUGUACAAAUCUACGGUAGAGAGAGAAAUAUUUGUAAUAAUUUCUUUUGUGCUGGUUUUAAUUGGCUCUACAAAAAAGUCCGUAAUGCAGACUACGAUAUCUCCCUUAGAUUCGGAGACAUUCUGGUGUUGUUUAAAUAAAAUACAAGUCAAAUUGAAUAGUUUCAUCGCUUCUAUACCGAAUUGAUGAACUGAAAUGAUUUUGCCUCUUCCCUGCAGAAUUACUGAAUGAUGAGGUUCUCGAAUUUUUUCUGUUGACUAAUACAAUUGAAUGGAAAUAUUUGAUACACUUUUUUAUGUUAAUAAUUGGACAGGUAUUUGUCUUCAAUUGCAAUUUUGAAAGAAAUCCAUUAUUUUCGAAUCCGAAAAUCGGAUAAACAGCAAUGUUUUGUUAUUAAUAUUGAAAAUUCAUAAGGUCCCACAUAUGAAGAGGUUCAAGGGACAAAAUAUAAUUACACUGAAAGCUUAAAAAAUUCCCGUUAAUUGUUUUUUUGUUUUUGCGCUAAUCUGAAAAGAAAUAAAAAUCUAUGGCUUUUUAUCUGAUUUUCGUUUUGUAGCGUUUUAUGCACUAAAAAAUUAACGCUAGAACUGUCUGCAGUUUCCAAAGUUCUAAACAGAAAUAAAUAAAAAAAUUAUCUUUCAUUGAAAUGAGUUCCAUGCAAUUGCACAUUUUUUAGUGGAAUUGCUCUCUCGUACUCCUCCAAUGAAUCCAAACGUUUUGAUAAUCCUCGAUAGAUUAAAAUAUCGUUCACAUGUUGGAUUUAUAUACAAAUGCAAUGGAAUAAUAUUGAACCGACGCAACUCGAGAUAAUUACAAACCCAAAAUUUAUCACCAGUGAAUGAGUAUGACUGUGUUUUGAAAAAUGCCUUAAAACGAUGGUAUUGUUACCACUCCAUUAUUUGCGCUUUCAAACAUUACUUUAUCUGAGAAUUAUGCACUUCAUUGUACCAGAGUAAUAGUGAUGAGAAAUAAAUAGAUAUGAUCAAAGUAAAAUUGAUCACCCUACUAAUGACGUAAUCGAAGGAAAAUUAAUGGAUAAAAUGGAAAUUUAUAGUUCCCAAUGUUCUAGUGAUGUUGAUCGAGGAAUAAAGUAAUAUCUGUGUGAGAUUCUGACUCGAUGGAGUGAUUAUUUUUAUUUGGGUCAGUUAUGAUUUAUGUAUUACUGCUUCACAGAUGCAGGAUGUAAUCUCUAUUAAUCCUUAUUAAUGUGGAUUCGACAUCACGAAGUAAUGUAAAAAAAUUAUAGUUUUACAAUAGAUAAGCAAUAGCAAAAUUCUAAACAUGUGUAAAAAGCAGUUUUCUAUCAUUUAAUGUUCAAGACAAUUUAUAUAAUUUUCUGGCUGACAGUGGAGUACAUGAAAUUAACUUCUUUGAUGCUAAAAAAUAAUUAAUUGCACAGACCUAGACGUAAACGAAAAAACUAAUGUUUUUUAUGUUAGGCGCUUAUGAAAGUUUCAAAUAUCGAACUAAAAUUAGAAAGCACUGUGAAAAAUUAUGUAAACCCGAAAAAGAGGGGCAUUUUUUGAUAAUUAAGAAAACAAUCAAAUGACUUGGGAUUAUUGUUUCGAAUAAUAUAGAGAACCAAUUAAUUGUGACUUAUCAUCCAUUGUCUAUUUUAUUAAGUUUUCCGUUGCUAUAAAUUUAUCUAUGUGCCACGAAUACGUAAAACAAGAUUAAAUAUUCACAACGAGUGAAACAGCGGUAAUAUUUAAUUAAACAAUUUAAUCCAUAUUUGAAAUUAAGU